GUGACUACGCUAGCGGUUACUUCACAAGGAAGUAGUGGACGUUAAAGUAGGAAGAUAUUUAAUUAACAGCCUUUACAGUUUGCCGAUACGUCUGCGUAUUUAAUGUAACAGAUAAGCAAAGCUCAUGUGAAAAAAAUAGGUAGUAAUUUUUCCGAUAUUUUUAACCCAACGGUCUCUUUUCUCGCCGUAAACGGUGUUCUGUUAUCUCAAGCGAUUAGAUAUUUUAUUGUGCGUUGGCGAUAGUGAUGCAUGUGCGUUCAUUCAGGCUCAAUUAAAUGCUGCUUCUGGGGCGGAUUGGUGUUCUUACUUAUAGCGGUUCGGUUCUCUCACUCUCUUUAAGGAAGCGUUGGAUUUCUAGCUCGUAAGAUUAUGAAUUCGGAUCAGAAAGAGAAGUGCAUGAGUAAUGGAGCUGGGACUGUAAGCAGAUGCGCUAAGGAUGACGCGGAUUCAGACAGACCUGCUGGCGGAGACUCGCUGAUGGUGGCCGAAGAGAGACAUCCGAGAUCUACCAGUCCCCGCGGUGUAAACGGGGAUGAUGACUCUGAAGCGGAGUCCCACCAGGACGGCCGUAACGUGGAUGUGGACCCGGAUACUAGACGUAGGGCGUUCAGCUGGUGCCGUGACUUUCUGUCCGGAUCGUGGAAGGAUAUAUCAGAGCAUGACUUUCAGAUAAAUAUAGUCAGUGGAGGACUCAGUAACCUGCUGUACAUGUGCAGUUUACCCGAUAAUGUUCAGCCUGCCGGAGUCGAACCUCGACGAGUUCUGCUCCGGAUCUACGGGGCCAUUCUACAGGGAGUGGAAUCUCUUGUUUUGGAAAGUGUGAUGUUUGCCAUUUUAGCAGAGAGAGAGUUGGGCCCACAUCUCUAUGGCAUUUUCCCAGAAGGCCGACUAGAGCAGUACAUGCCUAGCAAUCGUUUGCGUACAGAGCAGUUGGGGUUCCCAGAGAUCUCAGCUGAAAUAGCCAGUAAAAUGGCACGAUUUCAUGGGAUGGAGAUGCCAUUCAACAAGGAACCCAAAUGGCUGUUUGGAACCAUUAACCGGUAUAUGGAACAAGUUAAAACUAUAAAAUUUGUGCGUGAAGCUCACAUCAAGAAAUUUAAUAAGUUAAUGAAGUAUGAUCUUCCUGGAGAACUUGAGAAUCUAAGGUCACUGCUGGCAGCUACUCCCUCUCCAGUUGUGUUCUGCCAUAAUGACGUACAGGAAGGUAAUAUCCUCAUGUUGGAUGGCCGAGAGAAUUCAUCUGACAAACUAAUGCUUAUUGAUUUUGAGUACAGCAGCUAUAACUACAGAGGCUUUGAUUUUGGGAAUCAUUUCUGUGAAUGGAUAUAUGACUACACAUAUGACCAAUGGCCCUUCUACAAGGCAAAGGUGGAGAAUUACCCUAACAGACAACAGCAGUUACAUUUUAUCAGACACUAUCUGUCAGAAAGGGGAGGCGCUGCACCUGCAGACCAAGCCAGGAUAGAAGAGGACAUGCUCAUCGAGGCAAACCGGUUUGCCCUUGCGUCUCAUUUCCUCUGGGGUUUGUGGUCCAUUAUUCAAGCCAAGAUCUCCAAAAUCGAGUUUGGAUACAUGGACUAUGCACAGCACAGGUUUGACACAUAUUUCAAACAGAAGAAGCUAAUUUCCUAAAAUGCUCUUGCAGCAUGUGCUUCAGGAUAUCUUUUUGCAUCACCUGUUGUUUAGGUAUUGAUUUUUGUUUUUAAAAACCAUUCAAGAAAGGGCACAGCACAAAACAGUUAGGACUGUUAAAGAAAACAGUUCAUCCUGGGGAACAUUAAUCUUGAAAGUCAUGAAAACGUCCAAAGAUACCCUGCCUUAAAUUCACAUUUGUAGGGCUUCUUAUCCUUUCCAAAAAAAUUAAAAAGUACAAAGUUAAAAAUUAUUUGCAACUAGAGGGGGAAUUUUUUUUUUUUUUUUUUUUUUUUUUUUUUGCUUGAAACCUAGAUUCAGUUUAUGUACUGUUCGUACCUUUUCAUUGUAUAAGGAAAACUGUAAAAUUCAUUUACAUUUCAAUUUUUGGAAUAUUUAAUGUGUUUACAUUUGAUCUAACUUGCGUGUGGUGAACAUUAUCUAUUAAUUCUAUCAAGAAUCAUUUCAUCCAUCAUGGGUGACCACAGGGUCCAAAUGAUGUCUCUUCAUUUUUGUGUCCUAGUUUCAUAUACUAUAUUUGUUUGUCCUGUCAUCUGAAAACAAAAACAGCAUAGCUUAUUUUUCCUCCCCCACAGUUAAAAUGCUAAAUUAUAUUGCAUCCUUCCUAUAUUACAUACUGUGAAAUACAUUGCACAUUUUUUAACCUCAGGAUGUUAAUUAGUUUCACAAUGGCACAUAAAUAACUCUGGUUUUGUUUGAUUUUUAAUGGCUGUAUUUCAUUUAACUUCCAGUUGGAAAAAGUACUAACAAUUGGAAAUAAUGUUUCCAAAACUAUGCUUUUCUGUGUUUUACGUUUUGACCAGUCUUUGCUCUGCCAUAUUGAUAUGUAACAGUAAUUAUUACUACAGUCUACAGUCAUCUUCUAUACAUUUGUAUAUAGGUUUAAAUACGGUCUGAACUGCACACUAAGGAACCUCAAGAACAGAUGCUUAAGUACUAAACAGACAAAUGCCUUUGUCCCAUUUCUAAGCACCUAGUUUUGGUUUCAUGUAACUGUUGAUGUGGUUUUCUGUUUUAAUUGUUUUAUGCUUAUUUAUAUUUUUUAUUUGUCCAAAGCAAGUACACUGUACUUUUUUCAGUUCAACCAAAUGGUAAAUCCAUCUCUGUAUGAGUCUUCAAUUGAGAUGUGGCAGAAGAAGAACAGUACAAAUGAAGGACAGUAGCAUUAUGCAGUGAAUUAGUGGGAUCAUCAUCUUAAGGAUCAUGGUACAUUGUUGAAAUCAUAUUGGGAGAUUUAAAUUGUCAAACUGAUGCUCUUGUAUUUGUCCCUGUUCAAGGGCAAAGGGGAAACUGAGGGACCAUGAACGUUUUAGGCUAGGCCAGUUUAACAUGCUCCCAAUAUCACUGUUGGUAUUGAAUCUGUGAUUCUUAAUAUUGAGUUGAGAAGCAAUGGCACUGUUAGAACCAAUGUUAACUUCUAUAAUUACUUUGGUUUAAUUUAAGUUAUACUGUAGAUUUGUCUCUGGUAUGUUUCCUUUUGUUCCUUUCCGAUGCAAGUAUCCAUUCAUUUUGCUCAUUAAAAAAAUCAUGCUGAUAUUGGUGUAAA